GGGCAGGAGAGGCUUGGGCGAAGCUGCACACCGACCGGCUCCCCAGCUGCCACCGUGCCUGCCGCGGCCCCCCGCGGGCUGCUGACACCGGCGGGCGGUGUGGGAGGGUCCUCCCUCCUCCUCCCCAUCCUUUCCUCCCUCUUCCCCCGCGACUACGGAGACGCGGGUGGAGGGGAAAGAAAGCGACCCCCAGGGCGAGGCAGCAGCCGGCCCGAGGCGGAGGGAGGAGCGGCGCCCCGGGGGAGGCCGCGGGCGGCGAAAGUGCGCGGCGAGGUGCCGCGGAGCCCCCGGCGGAGCCUGCGCGGCGGGAGGGCCCCGGCGGCGGAGAGGCUGGGGGGCAUCGCCGAGCCCGGGCUGUGACUUUCCAGGAGCAAAGGAGGGACAAGGAGAAAGGGAGAAGCCACCGGCUAUCUUCUGUAUCCCGCGUCCCCAAACUUUAAGGGGUGGGGGAAAAAACAAACAAACAAACAAAAAACCCAAACCAAAAACCGGACCUAAGCUGGGACCUCCCAGCAGGAGCGACUGAAAAGGAGCCAGAGAAGGCGCUGGCGGGGGGAGCGCCGUCCCCUCCUCCGCGUCCAGGAGCCGCUCCGCGCCCGCCGCCGCCGCCGCCGCCGCCGCCGCCGCAGGAUGUGGGUGCCGCUGCUGCUGCUGCUCCCGGAGCUGCUCCCGGCCGUGCCAGCCCAGAAGCUCUCCGCCCUGACGUUUUUGAGAGUGGACCAAGACAAAGACAGAGAAUGCAGCCUGGACUGUGCAGGUUCCCCCCAGAAGUCUCUCUGUGCAUCUGAUGGAAGAACCUUUCUGUCCCGGUGUGAAUUUCAACGAGCAAAAUGCAAAGACCCUCAGCUGGAAAUUGCUUACCGGGGCAACUGCAAAGAUGUUUCCAGAUGUGUAGCUGAGAGGAAGUACACUCAGGAACAAGCUCGCAAGGAAUUUCAACAAGUGUUUAUCCCAGAAUGCAAUGAUGAUGGCACAUAUAGUCAGGUUCAGUGCCAUAGUUACACUGGAUACUGCUGGUGUGUCACACCUAAUGGUCGUCCUAUCAGUGGUACUGCUGUGGCCCACAAAACUCCUCGGUGCCCAGGUUCUGUAAGUGAGAAGUUGCCACAAAGAGAAGGUGCAGGAAAAACAGUCUCCUUGCAAAUCUUUUCCAUUCUGAAUUCAGAUGAUGCCUCAGCUCCCGCGCUGGAGACUCAACCUCAAGGUGAUGAAGAAGAUAUAGCUUCUCGCUAUCCUACAUUAUGGACUGAGCAAGUAAAGAGUAGACAAAACAAAACUAAUAAAAGCUCAGCAUCAUCAUGUGAUCAAGAACUUCAGUCAGCACUGGAGGAAGCUAAACAACCCCAGAAAGACAAUGUAUUCAUUCCAGAGUGUGCUCAGGGUGGCCUUUACAAACCUGUUCAGUGUCAUCCUUCAACAGGCUACUGUUGGUGUGUUCUUGUGGAUACAGGACGUCCCAUCCCUGGCACGUCUACAAGGUAUGAACAACCUAAGUGUGAUAAUAGUGCCAGAGCUCACCCAACCAAAACAAAGGAUUUGUAUAAAGGACGCCAGCUUCAAGGUUGUCCUGGAGCCAAGAAGAAUGAGUUCUUGACUAGUGUUUUGGAUGCAUUGUCCACAGAUAUGGUGCAUGCGGUUUCUGAUCCAUCAUUGUCUUCUAGCCGGGUUUCAGAGCCUGAUCCAAAUCACACUCUGGAGGAGAGAGUAGUCCACUGGUAUUUCAAACAACUUGAUAAAAAUUCCAGUGGUGACAUUGGCAAGAAAGAAAUCAAGCCAUUUAAGAGAUUCUUAAGAAAGAAAUCAAAACCCAAAAAAUGUGUGAAGAAGUUUGUGGAAUACUGUGAUGUGAACAAUGAUAAGUCCUUGUCAGUUCAAGAAUUAAUGGGCUGUCUGGGAGUAACAAAAGAAGAAGGUAAAGCAGAAACAAAGAAACGCCAUACAGCCCCUAAAACCAAUACGGAGAGCACUUCAUCCAACAGGCAGCAAGUUUCUAAGAAGCAAGGGUGAACAGCUUAUUGAUCCAAGGCAGAUCUCUGACGUGGGAGAUUUCCUCACCAAAAGGCAAUAAAAACAACUGUAGUAUUUGCACUUUGUACUUUAAAAUGUAAAUUCACUUUGUAGAAAUUAAAUAUUUAAAUAGACUUUUUUUAAUCUGUGAAAAUGUAAUGGCUAGUUUUGAAAAAUUGUCACAUACAAUGUAUGUGCCUUCUGUUGUCUGAAAUAUGUAAAACGUGUUGGGAGAUGUACAAGUUUGCAUUUAAACCUUUUUAAAAACUUGUUUAAAAACAUUAGCAUAGAAACCUGAUUCUAUGUAUUUUGGUUUCAGUAGUAUGCCUUGUUUUUAUGCCUUGUGUUUUUAACCAAUACUGUCAUUUAAAUAGAGUUAUGCUGAAAGGUCUACUGUAUUCUCAGUUUUGUCCAAGCAUUGUUGGAUAUUUCAGGCUUCCAGGACCAAGGGAAGUGUGUAAAUUGCUGUUGACUUGUUUUUUGUAAUUUCUAAGUGAACAGAUUUUUCACUGCUGGCAAUGCUUUGUUUCAUUUUGAUUUUAUUAUUAUGCUUUCCAAAGAUCAGGCAAUGAGAAUGCAACCACUAAUGGAUUCAUAACAGUUAUACUACAGUUAAGACUCUUGUAGAAAAAUAUAUUCUUUCAUCCAUUUUUGAGGUGCCUUCCAUUAUAAGUUUUGGUAGGAUUUUUUACCCUGCUUCUUUUUCUUUGAGUUAUUAAUGCAGCAAACCAAGGAGGAGUAAGAUGGAUUGUAAUGUCACUUCAGCCUGGCUCAAACUAAGCUUAACAGUGUGCUCCUACAGUCAUUGCAAAGCAAGAGAGGAAUCUGUGUGGGUCAGGAGUGUAAAUCUAACUAUAAAGAGACAGGGAAGGCUAAACAGAUUUGUCAGCUUUUUCUUCCCCCACACCUGGCUGCCUCCACCAACUCUUAGAGUUGCCUCGAGGUCCACUAACAGGUAAAGCUAUUGCUGAACAAAUUAUGAACAGUUGCCAUGAGGAGGGGCUACUCCCAUCGCCCUUACCUGAGGCAUUGUUCUUGCUUUCUGGAAGAAUUUCUCACAAGUUUUCAUACCUUCUUUGUCAUAUCCCCUGCAGCCCCACAACAUUUUUUUGUGUGUGUGCCUGAGGGAAAUGAGAACUUGCGGAUGUGAAUUCAGAGCAGAGAACCUAAGUUAAAGGGUUUAGCCCUCGAACAACCAUGAGUUACAAGCAGCUGGAUUGAUUGAUGCAGUGGUAGAUGGAUUGCUGGCAUCUAAAAACUGACAUGAAAAGGCAGGAAUGUUACAACAAGCAGUGAUUUCAUUCAGGUUUGCUUAAAUAAUAUGUGGGAUUGGACAUGUGACUAGCUAAUCAUAAUAACACCCAGGCUUGAGCUUGUACCUGUUAAAGCUUUAUUGCAAAAAAGAAUGUUUUAUUUCAGUUCUACAUAUGGAUAUAUGCUGAAGUGAUAGCAAACACUGUAUGCAAUGGAAUUGUAUCCCAGAAAGUGAGUACUCUAAGCUUUGACAGCAGGAGGAACCAAGAUGCAACUCUGUGUUGUCUCGUAUUUUUGUUUUAAAAUGUAUUUGAUAUUCUUUUAUAAUGCUAAGCUUUGAAUUUAAUCUUCUUUAUAGAUUAAAGUCCAGUAUACUAUCAAA